AUGGGAAGUAGGUGCCUGUUGCUACUCUCUGGUCUCAGCGUCCUCCUGGCUCCGUCAGGAUUGGAAGCAAAGGAGGCUGGAGUUUCCUGUCCUCCGUGCCCAGAAAAUGCUAACUGCCUCAAUGGCACCUGUGUUUGCAAAGAUGGAUUUCAGUCUGUGUCUCAGAGGUUGUUCUUGAAGUCCGUUCAGAAAUGUGAAGAUAUUGAUGAGUGUGCAAGAGGGCUGGCAAAGUGCAAGCAGAAAGCAUAUUGCAGAAAUGGAAUUGGAAAUUACUACUGCAGCUGUGUCCCACAUUAUCCUCUCUUCAACUGGGUGGCUAGUAUAUUUACAGUUAAUCAUGCAGAAUGUUAUGAGGAUGCCAAUAAUGAGACACAAGUACCAAGGGACAUUUUGAAAACUCUGAGGAACAAUGGAAGCAAAAACUACAUUGCAAAACAGGUGACCAAACUACUUCAACAUGUAGAAUUGACCAUAUGGAAUGAGAGUUUUGUUUCUCCAGGAAAACAUGAAGAGUCUGUGCUUGACAUAGUUUAUGAAACCAAGAAGUGCAAUGAGACAAGUGAGAAGACUGUUCUAGAAGCUGGAAACAACACGAUGGAUAUCGACUGCCCAAAUGCUUUCAAAGGAACCACAAGAGAUAGGAGUGCAGUGGCGCUUAUCACUUAUCUAUCUCUUGGGAGUGUUAUAAAUGGAUCCUUUUUCAGUGAUAGAAGAGGGAUAAAAGAAGUCAACCUGAACUCUCAAGUGAUAAGUGGCUCCAUUGGUGUGAAGGAAAAAGUUGAUCUAUCUAAACCUGUGUUCCUGACCUUCCAACAUACUCAGCCAGGUGGUGGGAGGAGAAAAUAUUUCUGUGUCUACUGGAAAGGAUCAAAGGAUGGGGGCGGCUGGUCGACGGAGGGCUGCUCUCAUUUGCGCAGCAACGAUUCUCACACCCAAUGCAAGUGCUCCCACCUUUCCAGCUUUGCUGUCCUCGUGGCUCUUGCUCCCAAGGAGGAUCCUGUGCUGACCAUGAUCACCUAUGUGGGGCUGAGCCUCUCUCUGCUCUGCCUCCUCCUGGCAGCCCUCACCUUCCUCCUGUGUCGAUCCAUCCAGAACACCAGCACUACCCUCCACCUGCAGCUCUCCAUCUGCCUCUUCCUGGCCCACCUCCUCUUCCUUGUGGGGAUUGAUCAAACGGAACCUGAGGUGCUGUGCAAGGUCGUCGCCGGCGCACUGCAUUACCUCUACUUGGCCGCCUUCACCUGGAUGUUCCUCGAAGGGCUGCACCUCUUCCUCACUGUCAGGAACCUCAGGGUGGCCAACUACACCACUACAGGCAGAUUCAAGAAGAGGUUCAUGUACCCUGUAGGCUACGGGGUCCCAGCUCUGAUUGUGGCUGUAUCGGCAACAGUAGGACACAAGAAUUAUGGAACGUAUACUCACUGCUGGCUCAAACUUGAUAAAGGGUUCAUCUGGAGCUUCAUGGGGCCAGUAGCACUCAUUAUCUUGAUAAACUUGGUGUUCUACUUCCAAGUUCUGUGGAUUUUGAGAAGCAAACUUUCCUCCCUUAAUAAAGAAGUUUCCACCAUUCAGAACACCAGAGUCAUGACAUUUAAAGCCAUCUCUCAGCUGUUUAUCCUGGGAUGUUCUUGGGGUCUUGGUUUUUUCUUGGUUGAAGAAGUUGGGAAGACCAUUGGAUCGAUCAUUGCCUACAUGUUCACCAUCAUCAAUGUCCUGCAGGGGACUUUGCUUUUUGUGGUACACUGUCUUCUUAAUCACCAGGUGCAGAUGGAAUUCAAGAAAUGGUUUAGUGGGGUGCGGAAAGGGGUUGAAACUGAAAGCUCUGAGGUAUUUCGCUCUGCUACUCAGACCAAAAUGGAGAAACUGGAGAAGUCAUCGGAAUUCUUUUGCAAAACAGACUCUGCGUCUAUCCAGCCACCGCCUGGGCCUCACCUUGUUAGUGUUUCUUGGUUCAAAACAGACAACUGAGCUGCGUGUGGACUGCGCCC